AGCAGAACACGGAAGUUGAAGGAACUAUGAAUGUCAAACUGUAGCAUGGUGUGCUGCAUUUUCAUAUAACCUACAGUGAAAAUGUCUGGGUACAGUUUAUUUAGGAUAAUCACGUUAACAAAAUGCAUCACAAACAACGCUACGACGUCGCUGUGCAGGACGCACGCGCUAAGCACAACACAGACAUGUGGAUAUGCGAAGAAAGUUGUGGCCAAAGCUAAAGGAAAAGGCGCGGCAAAAGAUGGAGAGCAAGGUCCAGCGGUGUGUAAAGACACUAUCAGACUUACUUCUUAUGCAGUAGGAACCAACAUCUUCAAGAUAGGAGAAGACCCCCAGCUGAAGCCUCAUGACCAAUAUCCAGAGUGGUUGUUCCAGUUGAACCUGGAUUUACCCAAAAAGCUGAACGAGCUGGAGCCAGACAGCUGGGAAUACCGAAAGCGCAUGAGGAAGGAGAACAUUUGGCGCUUCAACAAACUACAAAAAGGGAAGAAGUUUUAGGCCUCCAUGGACUGAUGGAGGGCUUCUUCCUGUACAGCGGGUUGCUUCAGACUCUGGACUGAAUAACCUGACGUAGUGUGUGUUCAGAGCCGGAGUUCAGCUUCCUGACUGAGAUAUGAUUAGACCAACUCUUUGUUCCCAGGUGUUAUUUGAAAUCAUGUAGCGUAUGCGACGGCCCUCUGGUCCAGUACUUGAAAGCUCGUUGUUCAGUGUUAAAAACUGGUGGGAAAAAAUAGAAGAACCAAAACUCGCAAUGCAGUGGAUUCCAACACACGGCCAGAGCAAGGCGUCAAAAAUGAAACCAAAACUGAACAUCACAAGCAUUAUAACCUCAGACAAAACAAACUCACCACUCGGUCCAUUUUGCAGCUGUUCUGGAGCUUUCGGUUGUUUGACACCAUCUUCUUCAGCAGCUGGUAUUUGCCUCUACAUGUGCGUGUGAUUUGAUAAAAAAAGCUCCCCAACCUAAGUGGAGCUUGUGGUGAGAUUGUUGUCAAUUUCAGAAAGGUUGUUUUGGUUCAGGGAUACUGCAUUGAAUUCAUCAGUACACAUGUUUUAUGUUUUUUCUGUUGUUUCUUUAAUCCAUAUCUGGAGAUAAAUGGCCUGCUCAUAUUUCAACAAAUCACGUUCACUAUGUUUCUUUGUUCUUUUUUGCAAACUGAUUAUAAAUAAAUAGGAAAUAUCCUGCUGA